AGGGCUUUUAUGCAAAUUUCUCUCUUUUGAAAGCAUACAACGAAGUGUUUUCUCAACAUUCGUAUAACGAAACCACAUCAGGUGUGAUUUCUGGUCGACGUCGAACUCUCGCAGCUUCGCUGGCUGAUGCUAUGCCUCAUGAAACUGAUCUCUUAAUUGAUGGCACAUAUUGAGUGUUGUGCUCUUAAUUGUCAUUAUGAAAAUCUAUCUUGCUCAUCUCAAUUUUUACUGCUCUGCUAUCACCCCACAGAGAUUCUUGCUUAUUGAUUCUCCUUCGACCCGAAGCUAUGGCUUGGUUCGAAUCACCAUUCUUACGCUGGAACUCUUUUGGGGGUCUCGACUUUUCCCUUCCUUUCCAAAUAUGUUUGUUUCCAUCUCCAAAUGCUUCUGGCUUCUGUGCCCCUAUUGCAGUUUCCUUGCAAGAGUUUUUCUGGAUUAGAAGAUGCGUAGUAGAAAGGACCGAGCUGCUUCUGUUAAGCAAGCUGAAUCUGUUAAACCAGCAGAACCUGUACAACCAAAUGAAUCUAAAGAGGAGGGAAAGAAAGUAACGUGCUCAAGAGCUCAAGAAAAACAACAUUGCUUAUUCAUUGGUAAUAUUCCUAAACACUGGACAGAAGAUGUUCUGAGAGAAAUGGUGGAAGCGAUAGGUGUUGGAGUCACUAAAGUGGAUUUGGUGAUGAAUACAUAUCGUGGCUGUAAUAAGCAUUUUGCUUUUGUUGAGUAUCGUGACCAUGAUCGUGCAAAAUAUUCUAAAGAGAAAAUGUCUGAUCCAACAUUCAAACUGGAUGGUAAUGCGCCUACGGUGACUUACUAUAAUCCUUCAGCUUCUCAGGUGAAUUCAAUUUAUGUAAAAAACUUACCUAAUAAUGUGACUGAAGAUCAAUUGAGAAGGCUAUUUGAGCACCACGGAAAAAUCAAUACUGUGGACCUUCCAACUCCAUAGUGUGAAUAUGGUUUUGUGCAUUUUAGUGAGCGGUCAGCAGCCAAGAAAGCAUUACGGAAUUCUGAGAGAUACCAUCUAGAUGGUAAAAAUAUUUUAUCCAUAAAUAUUCUAUUUACUCUUCUGGUAUUGGCUGUGGUUCACCCUUGUAUGCCACUUUACUGGUUUAAUGACAUGUCGAGUCCUUGAGUGCGACCUUGGAAAAGCUCAAACUGUAAAGAAAGGUGCAAUAGGACCUAAUACACAGAAAGGUCCUCUGCCACCAAAUUGUCCUUCCCAAAUGGACAAUAUGUGCAGAUCUCGGAAAUGUCAAAAUUGUCAGCUGAUCCUAAUUGCGGU